CAAAAUCAAAGUGCUGUGGUUCCAUCUGCCCUCUCACCUGGCCCGGGAUGCACCUGACACUCUUCUUAGUGCCCCGACAUUGCAGUAAGCUUCUCACCAACUGCCCCAGCCUCCAUCCCGCCCCCUCCGUACACAGGCAGGCCUUGUACGUAUAAGCGCCAAGAAACGAGUUUUGAAUUAUAGUAGGACAUUCAUUUAUUCAGAGGGCUUAAAAACAACAACAACAACAAUAACAACAAAAAACUCUCUUUUGGUGCUUUGACCUGGAUGAGAUAUGUGAUGCCUCUUUCUCUCUCACACCCACAUGCAAUCAGUGAGCCCUCUUUCACUGCUUCCGAAGCGAACACUUCUCUCCCCUCCCCCUCCUCUUCUAGUCCUCAUUACUGUCUUCUGUCUAGAUUACUACUGUAGCUUCCUGAUUGGUCAUACAGCUUCCCCUCUUGUUCCCUUAAAGUCUGUUCUGCACAAAGAAGUCAGUGUUUGUUAAGUAAGUGCAUAAGAGUCUUACCCCAGUGGUUCCUGUCAAACUUAGAAGACAAUCCAAACUCUUUAGCAUAUCUAGAAGACUCAAGUGUCCGGGCCCUACUUUUCCAACCUGAUCUGCCAUUCUGCCUCUUUGCUUUUCUGUACCUGCCACACUUAACCUUUUUGGAGUUCCUGGAACACAUGAGGCCCAUUCCUCCUGUCUUGAGGCCUUUGCACUUGCUUCCCCUUUGGUUAGAGUGCUUGCAUCUCUCAGUUCGGAUGGUUACUUAGAUAUCACGUCCUGGGACAGGCAUUACCUGGCCAUCCCAUCUAAAAUAGCCCCUUUCCCAACUAACACACUAAUCACUACCUGAAGUUUGAAGUUAUUUUGUGUAUUAGUGUUUACUUGCUUAUUGUCUGCAUCCCCGCUGUAGAAUGUCAACUGGAUGAGGGCAGAGACUACUGUUCACUCAGCAUCUAUAAAAAUGCCUGGCUUAUUUUACAAAGGUCUUCAGUAGUUAUUGAAUGGACAAAUGCACAGCGCAUCACAUGUGAUUGUCUCUUUAGUAGAAGAUUAUCCAAACUAUAUGAUCAUAAAUCUAGACAAGCUGGAUUACUGUGCAAGCUUGAAGAAUCUUGAAACCAUUUCUAAUAAACAAAACUACAAAUUUAUACAGGGUGACAUAUGUAAUUCUCACUUCGUGAAACUGCUUUUUGAAACAGAAAAAAUAGAUAUAGUACUACAUUUUGCUGCACAAACACAUGUAGAUCUUUCAUUUGUACGCACCUUUGAGUUUACGUAUGUUAAUGUCUAUGGCACUCAUGUUUUGGUAAGUGCUGCUCAUGAAGCCAGAGUGGAGAAGUUUAUUUACGUGAGCACAGAUGAAGUAUACGGAGGCAGUCUUGAUAAGGAAUUUGAUGAAUCUUCACCCAAACAACCUACAAAUCCUUAUGCAUCAUCUAAAGCAGCUGCUGAGUGUUUUGUACAGUCAUACUGGGAACGAUAUAAAUUUCCAGCCGUCAUCACGCGAAGCAGUAAUGUUUACGGACCACAUCAGUAUCCAGAAAAGGUUAUUCCAAAAUUUAUAUCUUUACUACAACACAACAGGAAAUGCUGCAUUCAUGGAUCAGGGCUUCAAACAAGAAAUUUCCUUUAUGCGACUGAUGUAGUAGAAGCAUUUCUCACUGUCCUCAAGAAGGGGAAGCCAGGUGAAAUUUACAACAUCGGAACCAAUUUUGAAAUGUCAGUUCUCCAGCUUGCCAAAGAACUAAUACAACUGAUCAAAGAGACCAGUUCAGAGUCCGAAAUGGAAAACUGGGUGGAUUAUGUUAAUGAUAGACCUACCAAUGACAUGAGAUAUCCAAUGAAGUCAGAAAAAAUACAUGGCUUAGGAUGGAGACCCAAAGUGCCUUGGAAAGAAGGAAUAAAGAAAACAAUUGACUGGUACAGAGAGAAUUUUCACAAUUGGAAGAAUGCAGAAAAAGCAUUAGAACCCUUUCCAGUACAACCACCGUUUGUAUAGAAAGGACAGUUUUCAGAGAAAUUAUCCUACCUCAACAAGCAAUAUGAAAUCAAGUGACCAGAUGAAGUGUCCUCUUCAGAUGGAAUUAGAUUUGUGACUUUUGCAUAAAAUUCAAAUGCAAAAAUGCCUCAAUAUUUAGAAUUGUUUUAGUAUUGCCAUAUGAGUUAAAUAUCAAGAUUCUUUCAGAAACCUUCUCUCCUGAAAGUCUGGAACCAGUAGGCCUAGAAAGACCUGUCUGUAGAAGGGGGGCCAGGAAGGAGGAAUCUCGUGGUUCUGAGAACCAGGAUGGGAAACAGCUCUGCAUGGAUGACAGCCUUGGCUGGCACUGAACUCAGCUUCCCAGCCUCUCCCACUGCCCAGAAAGUCUCAAGUUUUCAUUUUUAGGCAAUAUAGGAUGAGCCAUAUGCCCACAUUCAUCUUUUUUUAAAGAUCUGAUGUGCUAUAAUUGUUUUAAAAUGGGAACAAUGGACGAGAAUUUAGCACUUUUUAACUUUUGAUAAUUUUGUAAUAUUAAGUUAAAUGUUUUUUAAAAGAAGGAUGUAGUUUUUAUAUUUUCGAAAUCAGUUGUUGAACUAUAUAUAAGUAACAGCAUAUGAGAGAAAUUUUAUCAUGUAUUUACCAUUUAAAAUGAUUUUAUUUAUAAAAGUAUCAAUAUUUUAAUGUAUUUAAUGUAGAAUGUGGCUUUAUUUUUAGUAAGGUAUGUUUUUAUUUUGCUGUAGAAAAAAUUUUAUAUUACUUGAUUAAAUAUUUUUAAUUUCUCUGUCUCCUAACAACUUUAAGAUGACUGGAAAAAGCAACUGACUGGAUAUUGCAUUGAGAAAGGGAAAGGAGUCCAAGACUGCCCAGCUUUCUGGCUUCAGGGCAUGAAUGAUGGCUUGUUUCCUCUGUGGAGUGGGUAGCAAGGUCAUUAAGUCGGAAGUGGUUAAAGGAGGGGAAUAAGAGUGGAGUAAGGGCCUUGAGGAGGUGGAGAUCAAGAAAAGAAUAAGCAGAUCCAAAGUUAAUAAGAGGAUUUGCCAAACAGGAGUGAAACACAAACUGAAGUUGAACAUUGUAGUUCCAGAAUUCUGACAUGUGUAAAAGUAGAUUGAUCCAGAGGUGGGCAUAGUCGGAGUCAGGAGGGACGGAGGGAGCAGAGGGCUGAGAGUGAGAAUGACUGAAGUGAUGCCCACUGGUCCUAGUUGUGUAGGAAAGAAAGCGCUUCUUGGGGGUGGCUGGUAGCUAGAAGAAAUGGAGCGGGGAAUGGGCACCAGGGCGUGGAGGUGAGAGCUUGGAGAGGCAAGGAAGUUAUAGGUAGAAAAUGGGACCAACUGAAAGCAAAUGGUCUUUGGUGAACUUCGGUCAUUGAGGGUAGAUGACAAAAUAAAAACACUUUCUCUGUGUCA